AUGGAACCUCUCGAGCACGUCGAGGCCCCUUCGGCCCAGCAGCAAACGCUCUGGGCUCGCAUCAAGAUCCAGUUUCGCCGCGUCGGGAACAUGUUUGACAGAGCCGACAAGCGCAUCGGAAAGAGUACCUUUGGACGGAUUUUCCGUCUUGAGGAUAGCGGCCAUGCUAUCAUUCUGUCGCAAACUGGGGGCACCUGCCCCUGUGACCAGGAUGAUCGCCUCUCCUGCGACAGCAUUGACUCGUACAAGCAGUGCAAGGAGCGAGUUCGUCUCGAUCUUAUCACCGCUACUGCUGCGAUUUCAGGCUUAUCCAGCUUCCUCUUUGGUUUCAUGACCAACCUUCCCGUCGCUCUUGCACCCGGAAUGGGCCUGAAUGCUUACUUUGCCUUCCAAGUCGUUGGACCCAAUGGCUCAGGCCGCAUCUCUUACGAGGUAGCGCUUACGGCAGUCUUCGUCGAAGGGCUUAUAUUCAUCGUUCUUGCCUUGACCGGCUUACGUCAAUGGCUAGUCAAACUGAUCCCGGCGACUAUCAAGACCGCCACAGGUGUCGGCAUCGGCUUCUUUCUCACAGAGAUUGGUCUCUCGUAUGCUGCAGGUAUCGGUGCCAUAACUGGAGGCUUCAAGGCCACCCCUCUGGCCAUCGCUGGGUGUCCGAUUGAACAGAUUAACCCACUCACUCAGAUGUGCGACGGUGGCAUAAUGUCAAGCCCUAAGAUGUGGACGGCCGUAUUUGCUGGCGGUAUCGUCACUGCCUACCUGAUGUCCUUUCGGGUCAAAUAUGCCCUGAUUAUCGGCAUCGCCCUCGUUUCCAUCCUGUCGUGGCCUCGCAAUACAGAUAUCACCUACUUCCCUUAUACCGAAGACGGCGAGGCACGCUUUGAGUUCUUUAAGCAGAUCGUCACGUUCCAUCCUAUUGAGCACAUCCUCAAUGUUCUGAACUGGGACAUAUCGGCAGACAAGACUCACUUUUCUAUCGCCCUUUUCACGUUUCUCUACGUCGACAUCAUUGACGCUACAGCCACUCUCUACUCAAUGGUUCGGUUCUGUGGUGUUGUCGACCCCACUGAUGGCGACUUUCCCCGUUCGACAAUUGCCUACUGCUGCGACGCCAUUUGUAUCUCCAUCGGUGCGCUGUUCGGAUGCUCGCCUGUCACAGCUUUUAUUGAAAGUGGUGCCGGCAUUGCUGAGGGCGGCCGCACAGGACUGACAGCCAUGGUCACUGGACUUUGUUUCCUGGUGUCGAUAUUUUUUGCCCCUAUCUUUGCCUCGAUUCCCCCCUGGGCUACCGGCUGUACCCUUGUGCUUGUUGGCUGCAUGAUGAUUAGGCAAAUCAGUCAGAUCAACUGGCGAUACAUGGGAGACGUUCUUCCGUCUUUUGUCGUUAUGACCUUUAUUCCCUUUUCCUACAGUGUAGCAUAUGGCCUCAUAGCGGGCGUUUUCGUCUACGCGGUACUCAAUGGCCUCAUCGCACUGACCGUCUAUAUUAGCGGACGACGCCUGGAGCCUCGUGACUACGACUCGAAGGAAUAUUGGUCUUGGAAGGGUUAUGGUAUGGGCAAACCGCCCUGGUUCGUCCGGGCCGUCCGCAGCAAGGGUUGCAUUGCAGGCUCCGACGACGCCCCUGACGAGAUCGAUGAAGUCAGCAAACGGUCCACCAUGCAAGAACACGAAAGUGCUUACGGCGACAAUCGUGAGGGCGCGGUCUCCCCCAAUCGGGCUGUCACCCCUCGCUCAAUGCACUGA